UAAGAAGUCGACCAUGGCGACAACUUUGAUUUCAGUCAUCGGGAGUUCAGGCCUGAGUGGAGGCGGAGGAUCCAGCUACAGAACGGCGACCGAGCUCGACAAAGACGAGGAAGUGCUUGCGUGGACCGUGUUGUGUUAGUUGGGAUUGAAGCUCUACACAUCGUUUGUCAACACAAACCAGAACCAGGGAUUGGAAAAUUGGUAGGAUGUUGUUGGCUACUCAAUAAUUUAGACCAAUAGUUCGAGCCUAAAGUUAAUGUGAUUCAGGAGAUAGCCUAUAUGGUGAAAGUGCGGAAGGAUACACCCGAGGUUCACUGUCUGCAGUGGAGAGCCUCCUGCCAUGUACCAGGCUCAGCUGAUAAAGGCAGCAGAAGGUGAUGAUGUGACUCUUCAGUGUCGUCUGGAUCCUCCGGUCAGCCUGUCUGCUUUCACUGUGGACUGGACGAGACUUGAGAACAAGGAUAUCGUCCACGUCUAUCGACAUCAACAGGACGAUCCUGGUCCACAGACGGAUCAAUACAGAGGCAGGACGACUCUCCUCCAUGAAGACCUGAUCAGAGGAGUCCUGACUCUGCACAUCUCCUCAGUGAAGCUGUCUGACAGAGGACUUUACAAAGGCUUUGUCCCAAAGCUGGAGACCAGCUGUGUUGUUGACCUCAUUGUUGAAACGGUGGGAAAAGACCAGCAGAACGAGACAAAGAGAGAUUAUUCCAGCACAACUGGACCUCCAGAGGAAGAAGAGACCGAGCCAGACGGUCGUGGUGGUGGAAACAGGAACGCUGGCCGUGCUGGGAUCAUUUCCUCUGUCUUCAUCAUUCUCUGCCUCGUUAUCGUUGUUCUGCUUCUGAAGAUGCACGGAACAAUCCAGAAGUGCAUGAAAAGGCUCGGAGGAUGGAAAGAGCAAAAACCAGAGACGGUGUCUGAACAGAUCUGAAGGAGAAAUGCUGAACAACCGAGCAGCAGACGAGGACCUGGAGGGGUCUGCAGGAAACGGCUCGUCUGAGAGGACGACAGCAGCGUAAUAUUAUUCUGAUUUGUCCUGGUGCAAAUAAUUUCUUGUGUCCCCCCCGCUCCAAAAAGCACAUUAGUAUACACACAGACACACAACGGAUGCCACACAAUUGAAGGCAAAAUCAGACUCAAACCACCACAGUCUCUGAAUAUCAAAUCAACAAAAAGCAGCUGACACAGUAUCAAUAACAACAGAUCACAAAAAGUGAUCAAGAAAAGCACAGCAACUCUUUCAACAUAGUAUGAAUGAAUGGAUGACAGCAUCUGAUCAUGAUCCACGUGGCAAUUGUCACUGUCCCUCAUGGGCCUUUUAAUCAAUUGGGCCAAAAACUAAACAUUAUAAACUUGAUGAAGGAGGACUGUUGUAUUAGAGUGUAUUAGGUUUAGCUGUAAUAAACUGCCAGCUGAGUGUAUAAGCCCUCUCGCUCCAGAGCAGUGCCAAAGACGCAACAGGGUAUAUUUAUUUACUAGAUUAUUCUUAUUCUGUUCUAAUAUUCCUAAUAACGUUGUGCUCUUGGUCACAUCAGCAACAUAAUGAGAGCUUUCAAUCACUUUAAAAUCAUGAAAAGUACGAAGAUUUAAAUCUCAGGCUGGUUCUGAGAAACUGAUCUGACUGCUGUAAAUCUCUCUGUUGAUUACCCAAACAACAAAAUCCAUAAAGUCUCCUGCUCAUUUAUAACACUGCUCAAUCAGUGCAGAUUAACUUCUGUAUGAAGAUGUUUUUAUAAUUUUAUAUUAGACUUGCACUGAUUUUUAUCAGAGAUUUGUGAAGAGGAUGUCAGUGAUGAUGUUUUUUGUGCCUUCAGUGUGAUUUUUAAUGUAGACCUUUUAUUUAAAGUGAGAACUGUUAUAUUGUGUAAUC